AUGAACAAGUAUUGUUUAGUAUUGGAAUAUGCUGAUAGUGGUACGUUAAAUGAUUAUUUAGAUAAACAUUUUAAUGAACUUGAUUGGAGUGAUAAGCUUAAUUUAGCUUCACAGCUAGCAAAUGCAAUAGCAUUUUUACAUGAUAACAAUAUUAUUCAUCGUGAUCUGCAUGCAAAUAAUAUACUUAUACAUCAGAAAACUAUUAAGCUGGCAGAUUUUGGGUUAUCUAAAGAAGCAUCUAAAGAGACUAGUAACUCAUCACAAAUAUUUGGUGUUAUACCCUAUAUAGAUCCGAAACGUUUUAUCAUUGAAAAAUAUAAGCUAACUAAGAAAUCUGAUGUAUAUAGCAUCGGAGUACUUUUCUGGCAAAUUUCGAGUGGACAUCAACCGUUCUAUGAUGUUGAUUAUAAUAUAAUGUUAAGUUUGGAAAUAACAAACGGAAAAAGGGAAGAAAUUAUCAAAGACACUCCUGUUGAAUAUAGUAAUUUAUAUACGGGUUAG